CAUAACGUAAUUUUAUCCCCAAAAGUAUUAAAUUUACUUUACCAAAAAUGGACCCUUUAUACGUCGCAUUGAGUCUGUAUCGACGAAGACAUUUCGACAAAUGUGUAGACUUGUGCACCCUCAUAUUAGAAAAACAACCCUUGGACCAAGCAGCAUGGUGUUUAAAAAUGCGUGCCAUGACACAGCGUGUCUACGUUGACGACAUCGAUACAGAGGACAUAAACGAAACAGAUUUCUUAAACGAAAACGUUGUGGCUACAGCACCACGACCAGGCACCAGCAUGCGACCAGCCACAAAUUCAAACACCAAUAAUAAAGGAAUCGGGUCAAGACCUCGUACAUCUACCGGCCGUCCAAUCAGUGGAGUCUCACGCCCUGGAACACAAUCUCGUCCUGGCUCCUCAGUCCUCGACCGGCUUAAAACCGCACGUCCAUUGACAGGACAUUCAGCUCGCGCCAUUCGCUUAGGCACAGCCGCCAUGUUCUCUCAACGUGACGGCCCCUUUAUACAAAUAUCCCGGCUGAAUAUUUCAAAAUACGCCAAGGAUAAAUGUCUAAGCAAACCACUCUUUGAAUAUAUGUACUAUCACGAAGGUGACGUACGUAAUGCAAUGGAACUAGCAGUCCAAGCCACCCAAGCUUCAGAAUUCAAAGACUGGUGGUGGAAAGUUCAACUAGCAAAAUGUUACGUCGCAUUAAAUUUACUCCGAGACGCCGAACAACAAUUACGCAGUGCUUUAAAACAACAACAACAUUUCGAAAUAUUCCUACGUUUAAUACGUAUUUAUUUACGAAUGGAUCAACCACUCAGCGCUACAGAAAUCUGUCGUGCAGCGCUCACAGUCUACCCGGAAGAUGUCUCCAUUUUGACAGAAAUGGCGCGCUUGAAUGAAGCUACCGGUGAAAUGCAGGCGUCGAUUAAAUUCUACCGCAGUGUGGUGAUUGAAGACGCGAUGAACACAGAAGCGAUUGCAUGCAUCGCAGUGUAUCAUUUCUAUAACUAUCAACCGGAAUUAGCGCUGAGGUAUUACCGACGCGUAUUGGCGAUGGGCGCGCACAGCGCCGAACUGUACAAUAAUUUAGGGUUAUGUUGUCUGUAUGCGCAGCAGUUAGACUUGGUUUAUGUAUGUUUUCAACGCGCGUUAGAUUUGGCAACAGAUCCGUUGAUCAAAGCUGAUGUUUGGUACAAUUUAUCACAUUUAGCACUGGGAUCUGGAGAUAUUGAACUGGCACUAAUGUGUUUGAAUCUGUGCAUUUCUUGUGAUCCAAACCACGCGGCUGGUUACAACAACUUAGGAGUAUUACAACAUAAACUUGGACGCAGUAAUUUAGCAAAAGCUUAUCUCACCACAGCGAUGAAACACGAAUCGGAUUUACAGGAAGCAAAAACUAAUUUGGAUCUAUUGACACAGACUUAAUAAGGUUAUAUCAAUAUGACACAGCAGCGCCAUCUGUUAACCAAGUAUUAAACUUAUAUUAAUCUAUUAUGAAAACCGCAUGAAGUAGGCACUUACAUUAUGUAGUAGUUUAUAGAUAAUAAAAAAAAACGUUUUUGU